AUGGCGAAGAGCUUGGACGAACUCAUCGAGUUUUUGCUCGGUGAGAUAGCACUGACUGGACAUUCCGGUCUCACCCUCGAUGGCCUCGCGAGAGCUGUGUCAUCAUUUUAUGACCCUACGCACUCGUCUGAUGGUGACAAUGCUCCUAUGCAAAAUCCGCCUCAGGCUGAGCCAAAGGUUAAUGUCGACCGACUCUUGCUGGGGAAAGUCUGGACAUGGCUGGGUCGACAUCCGGACAUUUCUCUCGGCAACAACAAGGAGUACAACAACGUCCCGCUUGAUCAGAUAGAAUUCGAGAAUGUCAGCGACGCUGUCAGUGAGACCAAAAAUCGGGUCGACCAACUACAGAAUCACGACAACGCCUUGGAACGCGGCCAGCAGCAUCAAUCCCAUGGCGUGCAUCAGAAGAAGCGAGUACUUGAAAAAGUGCCUAGGAUCAGAGCUAAGGAGAAUCGGAUAUAUCAGGCCCUCUGUGGACAUCCUCCCGACGCCACCAAAGUAAGCCCUCUGGAAUUCGAUCUCUUGUCCCAGAUCGCGGCGACCCGUUCAGCUGGCAUGUUACAAGGCGAGCUGAUCAGAUUGUCCGGUCAAGACAAGCGCUCGGUGCCUAAGCGUACAGACGCGUUGCAGAACAAAGGGUACAUCAUCAAGGAAGUGGUCUACCUCAAAGGCAACCGGACGAGUCGCCUCACGUUGAAAAAAUUCGCUCCAUCCAAAUCCUAUGAUCCAGAUGACAUCCACCGUCAAGGUGGACAACCCCUCAAAGGCUCUACCGUGCGAGAUGCUAUCCGGAGGAUUUUUGACGUGCUUUCACAACAACAUCUCGUUUCGCAAACGCAGCUUGCACAACAGUUAAACCUGGAGUCCGCUGCUGAAUCCACAACUCUAGGAAAGAUUCUUCGGCGACUUGAUCGUCUGAAGUGUUUGAAACGAGUGAAAACCGCCACCGGUCCAUCAGCCACUUCUGGAGACGUACAGCCAUUUGUUAAGCUUUUGCAUCCUCCUAGUCCCGAGGACUUGCAGAACUUCGAAGUUGAGAAUCUCAAAUUAGACCAUACUCUUCAGCAUCUGUCUUCGGUACUUGAGCCAGGGCCACUCGAUGAGCUGGAUGCUAGACUUCAAGUCUCCGAGGCUGCGUGGACUGUGCAGCAUCUUGCAAGAUGGAACCCAGACCGCAACAUGGCGAACAUCCUUAUGGAUGCGGCACGUUUGGCAGGCCACACAGGGCUCACUAACGUGAGUUCUCGACAAAUGGUUACAGGCCUCUUCGUUCGCCGAGCCAUAGAAUCUCUGCUUGCCAGAAUAUCUACUCAAUCGUUGAUAGUCCAACCGUCUCAUCUACGACACUUGGCCAUUGUGCGCACUAGCGUCAUAGUCGAUGGCAAUGCCCAAUUCACCCACUACUCCUGGGAUACCUUUCUCCAAUUGGUAGCGGAACAGGCUAUCAACGUGUCUGGAAUACCCGGAGCAAAGCAAGCGUUGGCAAUCGCGGACGCCCAGAAGAGUACAGCAUCUAAGGAAAUGACCACGAAGGUCUUCAAAAAUGAUGCUUAUGGCUUUCCUAUUCAGACUACAUUGCCUCUCCAGCUCAAGAACGGUGAAUCCGACUUCUCUACGCUUAUUCAGGUUGCUGGGCCAGGAGAUGUUCGGGCAAAAGUCGGCGAACCCAUACUAGUCAAGAAAGUCGGCCAGAAACCCAUCAUCAAACUGCGCGAGAUACUACCUGAAGAGACCCGUGUCGAGAACUCCUCUCCGCUCACCAAGCCUGGCGACCUAAGAAGUCCUAGGAUCCAAAGAGUCACGACCUCUGCUAAGAAUACUGUUGCUGAGGCAGACAGCGGCGUAAUUGUGAAGGGUCGGCCUCGAAAAUAUGCGCGAGGUACAGAAAGCUUCUGGCGGCGAACGUUCCUCGAGGCAAGAUUGAAAGCUGGUAUAUCUAAGAAGGAUAUCAAAGGCGUCAUGAAAGACCCCGCCGGUCUUGCUCUUUACGCGCGCCGUCCAGCUGACUUUGAUGUCACGCUAGCAAGAGCUAUUGAUGCUGGGCUUCCUGUUCCACAACAUGUUGAAGACAUCAACGAAGCUUGGGUAGCUUCCACAAAGGCCGUACUUGAUCGAUCAUCAAAUGGCCUAUAUAUCACACCGAAAGGCCUUCACCACAGCAAUUCCAAAUCCCAGUCGCAGAUUUUGAUAUUCAAAUCCAGCCGAUUGGAAGAGGUCGGCUUACGUAACAGAAACGCCGUUCACAAGUAUCGAUUCAUUUCAUCUAGCGUCGCUCACAGCUUUGCAUACCCACAAUACUAUCAGGCUCUCUCUAAAGGUGAGAAUCCUCGCCAGGAUUCAAAUGCCAAAACAUCGAGCAAGAGGAAAUACGUUCGAUCCAAGCAGCAACCGAAAGAGAAGGAGCUUCCUCCUGGUGGACUCUUGCCUGAGGACACCCAGUCGACUGCAACCCCUCGCCUAUAUCCAUCGGUGACAAUAAGUCGGCAUGCGUCUCACGAUCCUUCGAUGCGCUUGACGAAUGAGGAUUCAGAAGAGCCUAGCCAGCCUGAGCACGGCUCAAACUCUUCGUGCGACUUGCCCGCUUUUUCGACCCCACUCGAGACUGAAUCGCAUGUUGUUAAACUGCCAAAUGGGAAUCGUCCAGUGCGAGGUCAGCUGGAACAUAGGGGCUUGCGUUCAGAAAAGACUGAUAUGGGCCACACGGCAAUUGCAUCUGGAGAGCAAAUUUUCGAUAGAGGAUCACGACUCUCGUCUGACGCCCCCGGCUCUUCGGAAAAUGGCGGUAUGGCUACAUCAGAAUCCAGCCAUAUAACCCAACUUCUCUCGCAGCCCAACCAGACCACUUCGGAAGGAGAACAUGCAUUCGAACGCAACUCGCCUGUGACUGCACUCGUCAAAGAUGAGCAGCAUCGUUUUGGUAUUGAACAUGCUGUCAGCACGACCAGUGCCAGAAGAUCUGCCAAUGCUCAAUUGCAAGGUCAUAUUGAGGAUUCUGUCCCGGCGGGGUCGGGCAACGCUUCGGCAGUAUCUGUAGACUCUCACCUUGUCGCAGAGCGCACGCCCACGCCGUUUGUGGCACGUCCUGAGAGCUUGCUUUCCCCUGACAUCGACGGCGACUUUGUCCCUUCUGAUGUGGCAACUCAGCAACACAGAAGACGAAUCACGCAGAAGCGACGACGAGAAAAUACAGACUCAGACUCUGAAGAAUGUUUAGCACAAACCUCGAGACACGAGCCAAGUCAGGAAGCCGUGAAAGUUGGUGCGUUGUGUCGUAAGAUCGUGCUCCAGCUGGUCUCCGAGACGUCAGGAGUUGCGCCGAAUGAUGCUUCCACCUUGAGAAGAGUCUCUACUGCCAGGUGGCAAGAAGCUGGGCAGCAGGAUCGUCCGAUCCUCAAAACGCUCAAAGCUGCCAUUAAAUCUCUGUGCGAACGCGGGAAACUAAGACAGGUCAUGUUUACUCAUCGGAGUAGAACGGGGAUGAUGCUCAAGCGUGCGGUCCUGUUCCUUCCAAGUAUCAGCCCCAAUUCUCAGGCUGUGCAAGACAUGAAACAAAAGAUUAUCGAUGCUGAGCCUGCAGAUUACAUUCCACCACAUUGGAGAGAUGAAGCGAAUCGCAAGCCUUUGAUUGGGAAGACUGUUUUGAACGCGGCAUCCGAUGAGGAGGAAACACAUCGGAAGAGAAGACGCGUAUCUCCACUCAUUGACGAUGCAGCCAGUCCUCCACGGGAGACUAGAGCAUCGAAACGUCGUCUAUCUAGUUCAGCACCCACUCUCCUCCCUGUGAACGAAGCAGCCACCAGCGCUGUUCGCGCAGAAACACCAGAUCCAGGACCUAUCAGCACUAUCGGAGUCCCAACUGCAGCGACUGGAUUCGUCACGUUAAAGAUCCCGCGUCUAAGCUCUCUGCCUACAGUUCAGAUCGACCGCUGGAUCCUCAACAAUCCAGUAGUAGCGCUACGGUUCGACGCGACUCCGGCGAACCCGUGGAAGGACAACAGGACUAAUGGUGCGAGAAGUGUUCGAAAACCCAGAGCACGCUUGAAUGCGAAGAAAGUGAUUUGGGCAAACGACGGCAAGCUAGAUUUCCCAUCAACCCUUCAAGAUAUACUUGAGAUACCAGAUUUGAGGAUUCAGUUCAAAGAUGUUCAAUCUACAGAUCCAGGGCUGCAACGCUUCGUCAGCGAAAUAGAGGCAGUCCGUAUUUGGGACGAACGUGAAUCUCAAUCUUCACGCCGAACAAGAUACGCGUUCAUCAAUCAUCUCGUUCCCAAGGCACUCUAUGCACGUGCAGUCGUUCCUGCAACAAUUCGAUUCGAGGCUCUUGUACGAUUUGAUAAGGACCAGCGCGAGGUCGAAGUUCCUUUGCCUCCGACGGAGUCAUGGCCUUUCUUUGUAUCAAUACUGGAGGGACCUACAGAGUUGCUGCAACAUGUUUCCUCGUUAUCGACCGAGCCUUUGUCGAUGCAAUCACCUUCCGCACUUCCCGGGACUUCGGAAGAAAUCGCUGCACCUCGCGCGAGAAGACCGCUGAAACGCAAAGCUUCCGAGGACGACAUCGACUUUGAGCCAGAAUUCGAGCCUAAGCCCAAGCGUCAGAGAGGUGGCGCCAGAGGUUUACGAUCGACAGGUAACAAUCGUGGAAAGGUCAAAGGACGUGUGAGGCGGACGGAAAGACUAGCCCGAGGCACGCAACAUCUACGCAGCAUGCCCGAGCAGGACAUAUACCGUAUCGUCAUCGCCGUGGUUGUUGUGCGCACUUUAGCAGGGGGUCUGGAAAGCUACAUCGACUGGCCCCUCGUGAUGAGUGUGUUUCCCGAGAGCACCAAAGAAUUCGUAGCAGACCGAUGGAAGACGCUAUCGAAAAAAUAUCCCCGCGAUGUCAGCUCGCUGACCGAAAACUUGCAGCGGAGAUACCUCGAAGCACUCGAAGCCAAUGAGGUGCCAUCUGUAAAUUUUGAGAACCUCGCAUUGACAGAUUGGGCCGGCAUCGUUGACUGGGCGCAAAGGAAGCUUGACAACUUGAACUCCGAGCAAAUAGGAGAAUUGCCCGACACUCGUGACGAAUUCAACAGGACAACCAAGCUGUCCUUUACCGAACCCAGGCGCUACCACGGCCUGCUAGGAUAUAAUCUGAACAUCACGAAUCCGGCCAAAGAAGACCUCGUCAGCUCUCUCGUCUUUGGACAUUCUCAUGCUCCCACGGGCUCAAACGACAUGGCUCAGCCAAAGCAAAUGCGAAUGCAAUACACUCCACGCUUCGAAUUUGAGAUGUCCGACCCAACGUUCCACCUUGCCAAGUCCUGGGCUCUAUCCACCAUCAUGACACCGCCGCAAGUCUUCACCCCCUCCGUGGCACUGGCCAAGUUAUCCCGCCUCGCUCCCACGCGGGCCAAACGAGAUUCCCUCCUCGCACGCGUGCUGAAACUCUUGCAGGACGAAAGGAUCAUCCAGCGCGUCUCCAAGGACCGGCUCGGCAACGACGCUGUCUCUAGCGUGCGGUCGUGGGAACCGGCUCGAAAACUGUUUGAGCGCUUCGACGAACGCCGCAUGAUCACCGCAGGAAUGCUUCGGCGGGCAGCGGCAUACAAGCUCGAUGUUCUCGACCCCAUUUUCACGCGAGGCGAGAGCGUCGUGUUUGACAAGGACAAGAUCGUCGAUGACGCCGAGAUGGUCGCCGUGCUCAACCUCUACAACCAGGGUAUUGUGCGCUUCAAACCAGGUCACGACGUGCCUCGGACACGGUACGGUCUCGAACAUGAAAAAGUAGGGUACCAGACCCGAAGCAUGGAUAAGAGGGUCUUGAGUUUCAGCGUCGAGAUAUACCCUUCCUCGAGGACUGCUUAUAUCUCCGGAGACCCUGUCAUGGCGAGCCGACAGGCUCGCGUCCCACGAGGGCGCAGAGAUGAUGAAGAAGAAACAGAGAAUAACUUAAUCCCCGCGUGGGUCGAUAUCAACGGCAACGUCCAAGUGCAUCUGUGGGAGAUGUUCGUCGGCGGAGUCAUGGGUCUAGUGGCGCAGCUGCCCGGGGCCACGGCCACGGAGAUCUCGAGGGCCAUCACCUUCGCGUUGGACAGGCAGGAAGUCGAGCUGUUGAUGGAGUGGUGUGUCCAGGCUGGGUUUGCCAAGAUGCAUGUGAAGUGCGAUGAACGUCCAGGACGCUGUCUCAAUUGCGAACGCUUCAAUUUGGACUGCCAUGGUCCCCGACACGACGGUGGUGAACCUCCACCGUCAGAUCCUGCGUCGUCAGCCCAAGUAACACCAAAGCGAAAACGUACAUUCCGAUCUUGUAGAGAGUGUCGCGCAUCCAAGGCAGGGUCGAGAUGUACCGGUGAACGACCCGACUGUUUGCGCUGCAAGCGACGGUCUCUCGUUUGCGAGUACGAAGCAGACUCCGAUCCUCAAUGGACUCGCAGACUGCAAGCAGGACCCAGAGCAAGUCUUUCGGUGCCGCCAACAAGGACGGAUGAUGCCCAGGCUGCGGAUCACCCGCAGGAUGUCGCCGCAGACCUGCCAAGUUUGAGUACGAGGACUACUGAACUCAGUCGGCUAAGCACCGCCGCAAGCAACAACAGUCCGCAGGGGAUAGGAGGACUGCAUGGGGCUCCCGGCGCAUCAUCUCGUCAUGAACCACCAGUAGGCUCGCGAAUCACUCAAACCCCCAAGGUUGGAAACGUCUCCUGGCUUUCUACACCUUACCUUCCUCCGCGCUCCAAGAUACGACUGUUGGUAAAGGAAUACAUGGACAACAUACACCCGUUACGGUGCUACGCAUUCAUCCAUAGACCAUCAUUCAUGGAGAGACUAGACGAUGACACGAGUGAAAGCCAAGCCAGUAACGCGUUGCUUCAUAUUGUGUGCGCGCUUGGUGCCAAGUUUUACGCUCUACAAAACUCUGGACAUGCUGAUCGCGGCGAGUACGGCAGUGUGCUCUCGGCCGGAACAGAGUGGGCCAAAAGAGCGGCGAUGUUGCUCUUCUCGAAUCUUGAUAACGUCUCAGUAGAGAAUCUUAUGACCGCGGUUCUACUUCAUGACCACGAGAUCCGCGUUGGCAAACACGCAAGCGCUUUCAUCCUCACAGGCAUUUGUGCUCGCUUAGCCCACGCUCUCCGGUUGAACCUGGAAUAUUCGACCGAUAUCUCAAAAGACGAAUCACCGAAUGGCCCUUCCAUACCAUCCAAGGAAUCACGCCGACGUGUGAUGUGGAGUUGUUACGUACAAGAUGCGUUGACGAGUAGCGGUACGGAUCAGUUAACCAUUUUCCAUGAGAGCGACAUCAAAAUUCAGCUGCCGACGCACGAACGAAAUUUUCUUUUUCAAGUUCCAUGCGUGACGGAACUGCUUCAGCCCGGUCAAUUUCUGAGAUUUUUGCCUCCGGAUGCGAUUCCACCUCGGCCUGUGGAGAAUAUGGGGCUACUGGCUUUUUACAUUCGCCUGAUCAGGAUUCGCAAACGGGUUUUACGCAGAUAUGUGAAGAGGCUCGAAGCGGCAGAAGAACCGUGGUUGCCAACAUCUGAAUUUACAGCAAUCGACGUUUCGUUGCGGGACUGGUCAUUAAGUCUCCCUGCAAGUCUUCAGCUGAACCGCACUGCAUUCUACCUCAGGAAAGAAUCAUUGCAACUCGGCGCUUUGAUCCUGCUGCAAUGCACCUACCACUGGACGAUUUGCGACUUGUAUCGAAUUUCAACGCCUCAGUUGUACCGCCUUCAGAUCAGAUGGCAAUACCCUCGCGAAUUCCAGGAUCACUUACAGACUACAAUGUUUCAGCGUGCACAGGACUGCGCUAGUAUCUUGCGGGAUGCUUUGAACCACGGUGCCAAAAUCCUGGCAGAUACUUGGCUCCCGUCUGUGGCUUUCGACAGUAAUCGAGUCAUGAUACACUAUGUCACUCGCAUCAUGGGACUUUCAACAGACCAAGGCAAGACGGUGUUGAAGGAGGUGAUCCCCCACGUCAACAGCAAUUUAGAUUGUCUUGAGGCCAUGCAAUCAAUCACAAGCAUGGCUGGCCCGUUUUAUCAAGCCGCACGGAGGAUGCUGAUCGAGUCCGGCCUCGGAUCAUUGUCAUCCUCUCGACAUAUUGCUCCUGAUCAUGUCGAUCAUGAUUCAGACAGUGCGUCGAAGUCAAGCAGAGAGGGUACUCCCAACCAAACCACCUUCGAUACCGUCCUCCAGCCGACCAGCAUAUUCCGCUUGGCCCGAGGGGCAGUUGCUGAAACUGCCGCACGGGCCCUUCGCAACGAAACUUCACGACCUCCUCAGUCCCCGACUAGCGCAGAAGUCUCUCGACACCCUUCAGUCCAGCAUAUGCAGCGCCCAAGCUUGCAACCUAGCUCUCGAGGAUUGAGUCAGGCACAGAACGACCCAAUGGAGGGACUUGAGGUCUUGCACGCUGCUGCUACGGUCGCCAGUACAAGUACCGCCCCAGAUGAUCUCCAUCCCUUUUUCACAUCGUGGUUUGAUACAGGCACAUGGCACAAUGCGGAGACUGCUCGAGCAACGUACGACCAGAGUUCGUACGGGCUCCCUCCCUGGAUGACUGGCUUGGAUGUGAGUGAGGCAGUGAACAACUCGGUUGGUGGAACUGAGGUAGCAACGCCAGCAAACUUUACAUCGGACCAGACGAAACCAUCUGAUCAGUGGCCGUCAUCGACCGACUUUCUUUCCGGACAUAUCUAA